CUUUUGUAGAUCGGACUUCAACUUUCAAGAUGGCUGGAAUCGUACGAAAAAUUGUCAAAAUUACAACUGCACCUGCUGCUAUUGGCCCAUACAGAAAUCUGUAAUUAUCUGGUUGAUGUCUUUAUCACCUACAAUCUACAUCUCUUAGGAAUCUGCAAUUGUAGCACAAAGUCCCAGCAACUUUAAAGGCAGAAGUUUGACAAAGAACUUGUGUUUUGGAAAAGGCUGUAGUCCGCAUGGUUAGAGACUCAGAGUCAGAACUGAUCAUUUUAACUUUACCCUGAUCUGAAGUUAGCACAAGAGGGAGGCAUUUACUAUGAGCUCAUUCAGCGAAAACAUGAAAAUUUCGAUCAGCCAGGCGGUGAUAGCAGGGAAUACGAUGUAUUUAUCUGGUCAGAUUGGUCUCAUACCAGGCACCAAGAACAUGAUUGAAGGAGGAAUUGUAGCAGAGACUGAACAGGCUCUGAAAAAUAUGGGAGAGGUUCUCAAGAGCCAAGGACUCACCUACAAUAAUGUUGUGAAGACGACUGUACUCAUGGCGGAUUUAGAGGACUUCCAGAAGAUGAAUGCUGUUUAUUCUAGAUUUUUUCCCAAAAAUCCUCCUGCUAGAGCUGCCUAUCAAGUUGCCCGUCUCCCAUUGGAUGGUCAAGUAGAGAUUGAAGCUAUAGCUGUUAUUGGUCAUAUUGUAGAUGAUAUGAGCCACCUGUGAUCUGAGGUCAACAUGAAUCACUUUGCUUAGCAACUAUGAGGAAGUUUUCAGAUAGCACAUGGUACAAA